CUUUUAUUUAAAAAAGAAAACAUUGUAUGUGAAUAUGUUAAACAGACGUAUUAAUUAAAAAAAAUUUCUAUUUUAACAAAAAUAUUUAUAAAGAUUUAUCUAGAGUUUUAAAAUAUAAAAACAACAUUAAACUCCCCCUCUCUUACUUGGAACAAACAUGAUUUGAAAUUCAAAUUUACAAUUUAUGAAUUAUAAAAUUCAAUCUGUCAAAACAUUUAUCCGAUUAUUCAUUACAUUAAAGACACAGUUAAGAAUUGUCCAUGCUAAUAAUUUAUAUUUUAAGAAGAAAAUAAAUAAUCAUAAUGUGUUGUGUGAAAAUAAAAGGCAAACUGGAAUAUUUUGGAAGCGACAAGAUGAAAUUUUCCGUCGAUCGGUAUCAGAUUCGUAGGGACCUCGGGUAUGCGAUUUCUAGAUUGAUCACAUGAUCAUAUAUACGAGCAGCACCAACACUAUCCACAUGAUCCUCACCAGGUUCUAUAUCACGUCCACCUCAUUUAUUCAAUUGAUACGCGAGAAAUUUUUAAUGACGCAAGGUUGCUUUCGUGUGAAAAUUACAACAUUUUUUUCUAGAGAGAGAAAGAGAGAGAGAGAGAGAGAGAGAGAGAGCUAAAAGAUUGCAGUAAACAUUUUGGUCUUGCUCCGUAAUAAUAUAAAAAGUGUUUCAAAAAAUAUUAGAAAAAUUUCUUAUAAUUUCACAUAAUUAGAAAUUGUGAGAAAUUUUAUGGAAAAUUAUGAAAACAAUUUUUAUCAAGUUAUCAGUACCAAGUCCUAAUUUAACAUGUUCGAAAGAGGCAUACGCGAUAUAUAUAUAUAUUAUAUUAUUAUUAUUAUUAUUAUAAGUAAAACUGAUCAUACUGUGAUUAUAAAUCGAUACAUACAUUUCGAUAAAUAUUGCCAGCACUACAAAAUAUCUAUAGUUGACGUUACAUAAGAUUUUCAAUAAAUUUCGAAAGCAGCUUAUAUAUACUUACGUUUGUGAUACGUUUGUCAUUUUGCGAUUGAUCGAAUCGCAUUAAAAAUCCAAACCGUCUACAUUUACUAUUUAAUUUGAUCGGUUAUCUUAUUAUCUUUUUUGGAGAAGUGGAAUAGUGAAUAUUUUUCAGAUAUGAUUAUGUCCCUCGUAAAAUAAACUUUUAUUUGCAUUACGAAUAGUAACGGAUAGUAACUCUUGUUUUACUCUAGUUAAAAGUAAGAAGAAAGGUAUGUACGCUAAAGAUAUAUAGUACACAUGUCUUGCUGUGAAAAAUGGAUCGAUAACGUAUCGUGAACGAUAAAUAUUGAUUUGAGAAGUCAAUGUACGUAAAAGUAACUUUUUUUAAGGACAAAGUGCAAAGACAAGUAUGACAAGUAUGAUGUACUCAAUGUGGACAAAGUUAGGAUUAUCACUUAAUCGCUGUAGCGUGCGACACAACUUGACUUGGCAUUAUCGCAAUAUUACCAAAGAAGCUGCCGUAGAAUCGGUAUAAAUCGAUGCCGCGAUUCAUUUUUAUUCAAUAUUCAUUUUCGAGAGAGAGAGAGAGAGAGAGAGAGAGAAGGGGGAGGGAGCGACUCUCCAUCUAUCUAUCCGUCUCUUCCUAAGGAGAGGGAGUCUUAGAAAGGUCUGAUCAAUAGUCGCUUUCUCUCCCUUUUCUCAGAAAUACGAUCUGUAUCGACUUGACAAAGGGCCGGUUGAAAAAUCAACUUUAAACGUGAAAGAUGCUGCUUACGCACUAAAGACAAUGACCUACAUACGUCGGAUGGAGAACAGAGCUGCAGAAUUGUACAGACAGCGGCUGAUCAAUGGCUUUUUACACUUAUACGUUGGUCAGGAAGCUGUAGCUGUAGGUUUGAAAAUGGCUCUGGCUGAACGAGACACCGUUAUCACGGCAUACAGGUGUCACGGUUUCGCUGUCGCGUUUGGUAUCCCGGUUCGCUCGGUCCUCGCGGAACUGAUGGGCCGGAAGACGGGCGCGGCCAAGGGUAAGGGCGGUUCGAUGCACAUGUACGCUCCGCGAUUUUACGGUGGCGACGGCAUCGUCGGAGGACAGGUACCUAUCGGGACCGGUAUAGCUUUAGCCCACAAGUACAACGGCACGGGCGCCGUGUCCUUUACCUUGUACGGCGAUGGAGCAGCCUCGCAGGGUCAAAUUUACGAAGCUUGGAACAUGGCGAAGCUCUGGAAUCUACCGGUGGUCUACGUCUGUGAAAAUAAUAGAUACGGUAUGGGCACGGCCGUACAUCGACACUCGGCCAAUACUCGGCUUUAUACGCGCGGAGACCUCGUGCCGGGAAUAAAGGUCGAUGGAAUGAAGAUUGUGGACGUACGAGAAGCCAUACGCUUUAGCAGAGAUUACGCACUGAGAAAUGGUCCAAUUGUGUUGGAGAUGGCAACCUAUCGUUAUUUUGGGCACAGUAUGAGCGAUCCCGGUUACUCGUAUCGUACCAGAGAAGAGAUUAAAGCUAUGCAAACCGAGCAUGACCCAAUUAUGUUAUUUACCAAGUUGAUCAUCGAGAAGGGCCUUAUGACCGAAAAAGACGUCGAGGACAUACGAACGUCAAUCUACAAACAAGUCGACGAGGAAGUGGAGCAAGCCAAGGCCGAUCAGUGGCCAGAAAUGUCAGAAAUCUCAACCGACGUUUAUGUCAAACCAUUAGAGAAAAUUCGCGGUAAAGUUCCUUGGGAAUUACACUGAAAUUUUUUCCUACAAAGUUAUUACUCUGUGACUUUUAUUCUACACUUGUGUAAGAUGAAAAUUAUUUAUGUUUGUAACGACGACGUACAUCGAUGUACAUGCUUUUUGAUAAAAAUGCACAUAUCGCGCCUUACAGAAUAAUUUAAGCACAUGCACGUUUUUCUAAUUUUUAAAAAUAAGAAAAAACAGUCUAAAGUCUACUUUUCAAAAGACCGCUACUGUCAACGAGAUGUAAAAACGUCAAAAGCGGCGAUUCUUCUCCAUUUCACUGAAAUUAGCCACAAGUUGAAUAACAUUAGCAUGACUGAUCGAAAAAAUUGUUAGAUUUAGGUGUUUAACAAUGUCCGUUACUGUGCAACGUUACUUUUCUCUUGACUGAAAAAGCUAAAAAUAAACUAUGUUACAUGGGAGAGUGGAGGAUCACAACUCCUCUCCAUUUCUACCAUGAUACAAGUAUAUUUAAUGGCAAAUUAGUUUUAUAUAAUAAAACAUAUUUAAUCAUU